AUGGGAACGACGACGGUGAUGGUAAUGAUGGCUGCAAUUGUGCCGCGGGUACGGGUGUGGACGAAUAUGUCAUCGACGGUGAUGAUCUUGGGGAAGUGGACGGUGAGGCUCACCAUUGCGGGCGGGCUGUUGGCGCGAUUGCGGGCACUGUCCCUCCGCGGUUGCGGCACGGCUGUCGCAGGCCUGGCGUACGCACGGAUCGGACAGGUAGUGCAAUCUGGGCGCGACGCCCACGUGCCGUGCCUCGAUCGGGGCCGCGGGUACACGGCCGUGCCGUUGUCCGCCGCGGCCGCCGCCGCGCUCUGCCCAAACAAGGCGCUGGCCGCUCGUGGCCUCGCCGCCGUGCUGGGCUGCCUCCUGGCGUCGGCCGAGGUAUCGGUUGAUUUCCGUCAGUUGGAGUUGUUGCGGUCGGUGUUCCCGUCAGACCUUGAGCCCUGGGACGCCAUCGCGAAUGAGGGGCCAAGCGGCAGCCGUAUGGACUCGAUCGCCCGGCGCGCGAUGCGGAAAUGGCAGGGCGAUAAGAAAAGCGGUCUCCGAUGGGCUUCUUUGGCGUUUAUCGAUGCUGGCCAAGAAACAGGCUUCGUCAAGGCUCGCAACCCUAGAUUGAUACAGAAUAUGCGCAUCUGUUGUCUGGUCAGUGGAGUUGGCUUAACCGCCGAGCUGAUCAUGUUCAGAGUGUGGGAUUUGAGCCCCGACCGUUACCAGUCGGAGGAACAAAUGAAGAUCAACCAGCUAUCCAACCUUAGCUUUACCAUGUUGUGGGUCUACAACAUGGUAGUUUGGACAUCCACGCUUUCUUGCUUCACCCGAAGAAUCCCGCCGCCUGUGCUAGAGAUAAUUUACACGCUGUCCAUCUCCGUGGGCAUGGUGGCCUUUGUGCUGGCCACGCCACACUAUGCUGGCCGUCUGUUGGGUCUCGACACGAAGACGCACCUGGAGCCCCGGCAGCUCACCGACACGUUUGUCGUCCUCGGGCUGGACGCGUUGGUCACCUCGACGCACAUCGUGCUCCCCAUCCGCUACCAUCUCAUGCUGUGCGUGCAGGUGUGCAGCAUCUUAUGCUACGCGAUACCGGCCAUGGUCCUCGGCAGCGCCCACCCAGGGAACUUCCCGCACACGAUGGUGGCUUUCUCGAUGCUGAUAUACGGGCUGCCUUCGGCAACGCAGCCUGGACAGGGAGGAGAGGAUACACUACCUGGCGCUGAUCCGGGAGAAGUGCUUGAGAUUCGAGUCGGAGUUCCAGCUGGCCACGUACAAGGACAAGCACAAGGCACAGAAGAUGAAGCAGAAAGCGCCCGACGACGCGGAGUCGGAUAA